ACGGCCGGCGGGCUCGGACGAGCAGUGGGGAAUGGAAGCGGCCUCGGGUCGCGGGCGCCUGCGGUCGCCGCCGUGUAAGGUGCUGGCUGAGCAGCUGCGGCUCGGUGCGAGGAGGGAUGGGGAGCCGUCAGUGUGGCUGCUGGAUCGGCCUGGCGGUCACCGGGCUCCGCUGGAUGUGAGCGUGGUGUGGAUGCAGGGCACGGUGCUGGAGGUGCGGCCCGAGCACAACACCAGCCUACAGCUCCUCGAUGAGACGGGCUCGUUCACUGUGGUCGGAGCGGCCGGCGUCCCGCAGGGGAGACCCUGCACCAGCCGAGGAAAAUAUGUGAUGGUGAUGGGCGUGGUGCAGUCCUGCAGACCUGAACCUGUUGUACGUGCUGUCAAGGUGACUGAUCUCUCUGGUAAUCCUCUGCAUAGGAGCAUGUGGAGACUUGAAGUGGAAGACCUCCAGCAAUAUAUGCCAUAAGCUGAUGCAAAACACUGCCUCCUGCUUGAUUUCUUAUCAACUUGAGAUGCCAGGGAAUGUGAUCACCUUGGAAGCAGAGUAAAGACAUGAAUUCUUCGAAAAUGUUUGGACGCAAUCGUGCCAUGAAUAGGAGUUGAAAAACAUAAAAUCUCUUGGCUUGAUAUCCUCCUGUGAAGAUCUUGAAGUUUGUUAACGUUGGGUAUAUGUCCAGUUGCAUAUUAAUAUCAAGUUGCAUAUUAAUAAAUAACAAGAAAGCUAUUAUUGUGAACCAUGGGGAGAGUUACAAUUGGGAACUUGUAUAAUGAAAUGAGAAGCAAAGGGACAGCUUGAACAUAUUGUUAUGAUGCCUUGGAUUCCUGGGACAGAAUUACUACUGCAAAAUAUUCUUUGGUGUUUCUUUUAUGUGUAAUAUGUAUAAUUUUCAGAGCAAUUUUUCUAGAACUGUCUGGAAGGGGAACAGCAACCAUCAACUCACUCAUGACUGCGUUGGUUAGAAGUUGCGGCCUCAGUGCUGUGAGUUUCCAGGAAACCAGCAUGAAUUCGGGUAAUUUAUUUUACGUCCAUUGCAUGAAAGAUAAUGUUAAUAAUGUCAUUUAUGUAAUAUUACUUAGGCAGCCUUAACUUUGCCUUUAUUUUUUUUCCAAAAUCUGAAUUACCAUUUUUAUCUUCAGACCAGGUGGUUUAAAGUAUUUAGUGGUUUAAAUAAAACUGUACAGUUCAUACAUAAGAGAAAUCAGUGUAAGACUGGACUCAUUCUUGGACAAGUUAAAAUGAACAGCAGUAUUUAAUGCAAAAGGACAACUGUUUAUUAAAUGCAAUAUUCUAUCCUUCAUAACAAACUGGAACUGACAAGUAGCUGACAGCUCUUGGUCUUUCAAAACCUCUGGGGCAAAAGUAAUGUUGCUUGAAUCUGUAUUUAUUUUGAAUGUUUGGGUAAAUCUUUCUUCCAUGUGCUUGGCUUUAUUCUCCAAUCCUUAAUCCUUGGCCACUCAAACAAUGUGUGGUCUACUUGGUUUUCAUUGGCUCUUGGUGGUCACAGCACUGAAGACCCCAGGAGACUUCUUUCCUCCACUCAGGUCAGCAUCUCAUAAUUGUUUACCAUGAUCUCCCUUACUCAGAUCAUUCACACACAUUCCUACUACAUUGUAGACAACUGGAGUCUUGCUGGGGUAAAUCUGGGCUGGAGUUGCUGGAGUGGACUUGAAGACAAUUUGCUGCAGUGGAGCCAAAUUGUGGAAAGAUUGGGUAAUUCGGUAUUUGUUGCAGGAGCGGCCUCUCUCUCCCUUUCUCAUGAGAGAGUCUGUCUGAGAUACCAAAGUGUUGGGUUAUGACUGUAGUUUUCUGAUGGACUCUAGAUCAAGGUCUCUGACGGCUUUGCUGUUGUGUGUAUGGUGGGGGGAGAUGGUUGAUGUUUUUGGU